AUGCCCGAGGCAGUAAUGCCCAUCACCCCUAUUCUUUUCCAAGACCUGAACAACAGCAUUCCUCGGAACAGCUCAAGCUCUCAGCAACUACCCCCCUCCACCAUUCUACCCAACGUCUUUACGACGGCUUCCCAAAACCCUCAGUCACUAUGGCCUACCCAACCCCAAUCAACGAGCCCUUUGGCACCACAGCAAUCGCAGCAACCCUCCUCCCCACAGACGGAUUAUCAAACUCCUCCGGACUUCGUGCUCUUCCCGCGUCGUUCUCUCGACGCGUCUCCCAACGCUCAGAAUAUCCCUAAUCUGCCCCGCAACCACGCCCCCAGUGGUAACAGUCGUCGUCACUCCGCAAGCCCCCUGUCUGCCCCGUCCCUACAGAACCAGAGAGUAGCCGCGAUCAUCCAGGGCACAGGCCAUCAGAUUUCUUCUCCAGCGUUUACAAACCGAUACAAUCCAUUCGCGCAGCACCAGCAGUUCUACGCGCUGUCCGCCCCGUCAUCGUCCGCCGCUCUACAGUCCCAGAUUAGGACCCGUCCCCACGUCCCGCUGUUCUCGCAGAGCACCAGCACCAACAUGCAAUCGUUCCCCCCCACCAACAUGGCGCAAGACAUGAACUUAUUCGACGACUUCGACUCGUUCGACCUCAAGUCCUCGGACAACGUCAACUUCCCAGAUCUCGACUACAAGUACUCGCCCGCAGUGCCCACCAUGUACUCGCCCGCACCAGCCAUGAACCGAACCGAUUCCGCGUCCACGAGCAUGGGCACGGUGUCGCCGCAGGACCUCAUGGUUCGCGACGCCACCUUCUCCGCGCCCAACUCCACCGUCUUCACCAACCUGACGUCUCCCUCUCAAUACAACGAGUCGCCCGACUACCUCCACGACCUCGACGUCUCCCCAAUGUACAACUCGGACGACCUCAACGGCGGCGACCCGUGGUUCCCCCUCUUCCCCGAAGGCGACGUUUCCUUCCCCGCCCCCGUCGCGGCUGAUACGUCUCCUCUCGCCGCAGACGAGGAGCUCGAGGUCGGCGACGCCCUCCGCGAGCGCCGCCGUCGCUCCGACAGUUCUCCUCACUCCAAGGCUGCCUCCGCAGCCGCGGGUGUCAGCGCCCGCAAGCGCAACCAGCCCCUCCCACCCAUCGUGGUCGAGGACCCCAACGACACUGUCGCCAUCAAGCGCGCGCGCAACACGCUUGCGGCGCGCAAGUCGAGGCAGAAGAAGAUGGAGCGCUUUGACGAGCUCGAGGCGGAGAUUGCAAGGAUCGCCUCGGAGAGGGAUAUGUGGAAGGCGAAGGCGCUCGCGAGGGGCGCGAACUGA